AUGAGACGUUUCAUUUGCUGUCUCGGAGGAGGAAGUUCAAGUAAAGUAAUGCAAGAUCCAGAGCAACUUCCGCAACCACCGCAACAACCGCAACUAACUGAUUCAUCGGACGACGAAGAUUUGAAUCAUGGAGUUACAUUUCGAUGGAGCGAAAUCGUAGACGGAACCGAAAACUUUCUGUCAACACGUCUUCUCGACGGAGGCAACUACGGCAAAGUCUAUCGCUGCGAUAUCCCAAGAAUCAAUAAGGUUGGAGCUGCAAAGAUUCACAAUCAUGAAAACCAGUUUGGUUAUGGUGGGUUCUUGGCAGAGAUAACAACGUUGAAAGAAGCAAAUCACCCAAAUGUGAUUAAACUUCUCGGCAAAAGACUCGGCCAGCACAAAAGUGCCAUAGUCUACGAAUUCAUGCGUAAUGGCUCUCUCGACCACCACUUCUUUGCACACGCGAGGCGAGGUCCAGGUCUACAGCAGGAAAGAAGGGUUUUGGACUGGGACACGAGGAUGAGAAUCGCUUUGGGUGUAGCAGAAGCUCUGGUUUAUCUGCACACCGGGCUAGAGAAGAUUCACCGAGAUGUCAAUGUCACAAACGUUUUACUUGAUGAUGAUUUUACGCCGAAGCUGGCUGGUUUUGGAUCGUCGAAUCAAGUCUUUGUGAAUGGAGACGGCGUUGAGAGGCAGCGCAAGAUCAAUCCGAUCAAGGGAGCUCGAGGAUAUGUGGCACCGGAAACCGAGGAGUUAGGGUUGGUUUCGACCAAGUCCGAUGUCUAUAGCUAUGGAGUUUUUCUGUUUGUGCUUUUCACCGGAAGGGAAGCUUAUGACCUGAGGAGACCUGCUGGGAGAGUGAAACUCACUGAUUGGUUAAUACCAGUAUGGAGUAGAGUGGAGUUUACGUCAUUGCUAACUGAUGUUACGCUCGGUGAUAAGUUUUCGGUUGAAGGUUUAAACAGACUGUUUUUUACUGCGAAGAUGUGCAUAGACCCACAAGCUUUUUCACGGCCUGAAAUGGUGAUUGUGGAAGACAUGGUUCGUCAAGCUUCAGCUUUCCCGGUGACACAGAGAUCCAAAGAACCAUCUUCUCCAAAAGCAGAGAGAUCUAAAGAAAUUUGA